AUGGGAGGCGACAACAAGCAGAGCAAGUCUCGGUUCUCCAGCGUCUUCAAGCCCAAGAGGUCAACUAGCCGAGUCGUCGACUACUCGUGGGACGGCUCAGUCAAGACCUACAAGGCCUGGCGCAGCGACGAGGACCGAGACCACUGGGUCGCCGAUCACGACAUUGACAGAAAGACUAGUGACUAUAUUGCCAUGCGACUCGCCUCUAUUAACGACAACGACAAAUAG